UGGCAUUCUGUGCCCAUUUAUCAGAGGUUGGGGCACGCACAAGCGAGUUCCAUGGCCGAGCGAGCGCGACGACUCAUCAAACUCUUGGAUGGAAUUAUCGGGGGCCGACAGCCCAUUUCCGUGCAGAACGCGCCUCAAUUCCUCGAAGCUAUAUGUGCACAGGCUGAUGCAGCAUCGUGUUUAAGCAAGAUCAUCGGGAGUCAGAGAGGCAUCUCGUCCAUCCAGUCCGCGAUGCGAUUUGAUCUUUCACCCCGCUUUAUGAACGGUCUUGCGUCCAAUUUCCUACGCUAUAUCCGUGCUCCCGAGCUCCACACCAUUGGUAACGGAUCCUUCCUUCGCCAAAUCAUCGUCGCUAUUGUCGAGCCACCCAUCUUCUGGGAUGCCUUUGUCAGUGCAUUUCGGGACGGCGUUCUGCAAGAGAAUGGGCAAGUAUCCUUCGCAUGGCUGCUUCAUGAGCUCGUCUCGUUGCCUGUCGAGAAAGCCGGUCCGUAUCGCGAGAUCGCCGGAGAUCAAGCGAUACUGGACCGUCUUGUCUCGUCUCCGCAUCCAGAGACAAGCAGCAUCGCAUCCCGGAUCAAACGUAUACUGUCGACAUUUAUCUCUACUGCACCUGCUGACAGCGACUACCAACCUGGUGGUCGGCACGACAAUGAUUUCGCAGACUACCGUUCGAUCUCUAUCCAUCCAACUGCGGAGGAGAUCCUUUCCAAUGAACGACCGUUUCUCAGGCCUUCUUUCUUUUUGGAAGAUCCAGAUUCGCAGGAAGCUCGACUGGCCACCCAUCUGGAUAACCAGUUCCGCCUCCUCCGAGAGGACAUGAUUUACGAGUUGCGCGAUGAGCUGCACAUCGCACUCCGGAAGAAGAAGGGUAAGCUCCGGGGCUUGGUGAUCGAUGGCCUGAAGCUGGACGGCAUGCACUGUGGCGCCGAAAACAACAGGACUCGGUGGGCGCUUGCCCUCGAAUGUAUCCACGACCUGCCGCCUCUCGCGAAAAAGAGCAAGUUCCAGGACCGGAAAGCGUACCUCGCCAAAGAGGGGCGCCACGUCUGCAGACACCAGGCGCUUGCCUGCCUGAUUGUCGACGACGACGAGGUGGUCGCGUUCCCCACGAUCUCGCGAAAUGAAGACCUGCUGGCGCGCCAGCCGCCGGUGGUGCUUCUGUGUUUCGCAGGCGAAGCCAGCAUCAAGCGGACACUUCUGAGGCUGAAGACUGCAAAGCGCAUCAAGCUCAUCCAGAUCAACACGGCCGUCUUCUCUUACGAGCCAGUUUUGCGGGCACUGCAGGAGAUGACGAAUGUGCCACUUUCAGAUGAGCUGCUUUCAUGGACGGAGGAGAGCGAGAUCACAACGCCAGCGUCUCAACCGGAGACCAUUGUACAGUCUCUGCGGGAGAAUCCUCGCCAGGAUUUGCGUGGUGUACUGGGCAUCAUGCAAUUGAAGCCGAUUGAGCUAGAUGAAUCCCAGGCUGCGUCGCUGCAGUCCGCUCUGACGCAGAGGGUGUCAUUGAUCCAGGGUCCUCCAGGCACCGGCAAAUCCUUCAUCGGUGCUCUACUUGCAAAGGCCCUCCAUGAUAAUGAUCAGAAAAUCCUCGUCGUCUGCUACACGAACCACGCCCUUGACCAAUUCCUCGAGGAUCUUCUUAACAUUGGCAUCCCGGAGAACAGCAUCGUCCGCCUGGGCAGCAAGUCCACAGCGCGGACAGCUUCCCUCACCCUUCAGCAGCGGGGACGUGUGUACAGGAUGUCCCGGACAGAGUGGGGCGAGGUCGACCAGCUCAAAGAGGCUGCGGAGCGCCUUGCGAAACAUCUCGAGGACACGUUCACCCGGUACGUGUCAGCAACCGUAUCGCUGGGUGAGAUGCUUGAGUACCUCGAGUUCGAGUAUCCCGAAUAUUGCGAGGCAUUCACCGUCCCUCAGUCCAUGGACGGCAUGACGCUGGUGAAGAAGGGCGGCAAGGCUGUGGACAAGCUCUACUUGCUUAGCCAGUGGGUGCGCGGGUUCCAUGCGGGUAUAUUCAGGAACCACGCCGUCGUGCGCGAUGCUGCCAGUAUCUGGAACAUGCCACAUGCUGCACGCAAGAACGUGAUACAGAAGUGGCGGCAGGAGAUACUAAAGGAGCAGAUCGCGGAAAUUUACGAGACGGGUGUGGCGUAUCAUGAGAAACUGAGCGAAAUUGAGCGCCGGCUGGGACAGAAUACGGCGGUGGUUCUGAGGAGUAAGAAGAUCAUUGCAUGUACUACGACGGCUGCGGCGAAGUAUGGGGAGGACAUUCAGGCUGCAGCGCCUAACGUACUUCUCGUUGAAGAGGCAGGUGAGAUUCUCGAAAGUCAUAUUCUGACCGCUCUAGGAAAGCAAACAGACCAACUCAUCCUCAUCGGCGACCAUCAACAACUGCGCCCCAAAGUGCAGAACUAUCUACUGACAGUGGAGAAGAAUCUCGGCUAUGAUCUUAAUCGGUCAUUAUUCGAGCGGCUCGUACUGAAAGGUUAUCCGCACCAGACCCUCAGCUCUCAGCACCGCAUGCGGCCAGAGAUCUCUGCCCUAAUCCGUCAUCUGACCUACCCCGCUCUCAUCGACGCUGACGAUACGAAACAGCGGCCGAACCUGCGUGGCAUGCAGAGCAACAUCGUCUUCAUCAACCAUGCCCAUCCGGAGGACGAGCACGCGCACACAGACCCAGGUGACGUAUCAGACGUGUACGCGUCAUCAUCGAAGCGAAACACGUAUGAGGCGGAGAUGGUGCUCAAAAUUGUGCGCUACCUCGCGCAGCAGGGUUAUGGCACCGACAAGCUCGUCGUUCUGACGCCAUAUCUAGGACAACUGUUCCUUCUGCAGGAGAAGCUACGUGAGGAGACAGAUCCUGUGCUAAAUGAUUUAGAUUCGUUUGAUCUUGUGCGUGCUGGACUGAUACCCGAGGCUACCGCGGAGUUGGCAAAGAAGCCAUUACGUCUUGCUACGAUCGAUAACUACCAAGGAGAAGAAAGCGAUAUCGUCAUAUGCAACCUGACGAGGAGCAAUGUGGAUCACGACAUCGGGUUCAUGUCAUCGCCUCAGCGGCUUAACGUUCUCCUCUCGCGUGCGCGCAAUGCAUUGAUCAUUCUGGGCAACGCAGAGACAUUCAUGAAUCCACGCAAGGGGGGCGAGACGUGGAAUCAGCUCUUCGAUUUGCUCAAGAAAGGUGCCCAUGUAUUCGAUGGACUGCCGGUGCGCUGCGAGCGGCAUCCCCAACGAGCAGCUCUUCUUAAGAAUCCAAUCGACUUCGACAACCUUGUGCCAGAUGGCGGCUGUCAGGAGCCGUGCAACGCGAUGCUGAGCUGCAACAUCCACACCUGCCCAUCUAAGUGCCAUCAGCUCUCAGACCACUCCAAAAUGCAGUGUGACAAGGUCCUCGUCGACACAUGUCCCAAAGGCCACAAGCUCUCCUGGAAAUGCCACCAAACCAAGCCACCGUUGUGCAAGAAGUGCGAGAAGGAUGCGAAAGAGGACGAUGAACGGCGCCAGCGCGAGUUUGCCUUGAAGCAGAAGCGUGAUGCGGAGGAUCAGGCGCAUGCGAAAGAGCUCCAGAAGAUCGAAGAUGAGAUAGAGCAGGAGCGGCAGCGCAUACGGGAUGCGCAGCUUGCUGAGGAACGCGCAAAUGCGCUUUGGCAAAAGCAACGGGAUCUUCAGGCAAUGCGUGAGAUGGCAGCCAGAGCUUCUACGCAAGCUCGUCCCGCAACACCCAGUCCCGCAGCUUCCAGUUCCAAUGAGCCCGCGCCGAAAGCAUCUAGCACUGGUGCCACACCGAAGACUGACUCCAAAGUAAAAGCUGCCUCCAAAGCAGCGGUGCCACCUUCGCAAGAGGCAGACAAUCCAACGGCGCCAGCUGAGCCUGAUGCGAGCGACGAUGAUACGGACGACCAGACUCCAACCUUCGAGUCCCCUUCAGAACAGGAAUGGGAGCGGCAGAAAUCAAUCGAAGGCGCGAGCAAUCAGUAUAUCGACGAGCUCAUGCGAAUGACUGGGCUAGAAGACGUCAAGGCGCAGAUCCUGCAGAUCAAGGCAAAGAUCGACGUCGCGAGCCUGCAAGGCAUGCCGCUUGCGAAUGAACGAUUCAAUGUCGUUUUCCUUGGUAACCCGGGGACCGGAAAGACUACUGUCGCGAGGCUCUACGCGAAGAUUCUCGCGUACCUCAAGGUCAUCCCAGGUAUCACGUUCGUCGAGACUACCGGAUCACGACUCGCGAACGACGGCGUUAACGGUACAAAAAAGGCAGUCGAGAAUAUCAUCAACAGCGGCGGAGGCGCGCUCUUCGUCGAUGAAGCGUACCAGCUCACCGGAGAAAACAAUUUCCAGGGCAGCCAGGUGCUGGACUUUCUGCUCGCUGAGAUGGAGAACAACGUCGGCAAGAUCGUCUUCAUCCUGGCGGGAUACAGCAAGCAGAUGGAGAAGUUCUUCGAGCACAACCCCGGCUUGACGAGCCGCGUUCCAUAUUCAUUGAAAUUCGCAGACUACACUGACGACGAGCUGCGACUCAUGUUGCAGAGGCUGGUCGAGAAGCGAUGGAAGGGGAAGAUGCAGUUCCAGCGCGGAGCACAUGGCUUGUAUGCUCGGAUAGCGGUGCGCCGUCUGGGACGCGGACGCGGACGCGAGGGCUUCGGCAACGCUCGCGCUCUCGAGAACAUGCUUGCGAAGAUCACAGGGCAUCAGGCCGACCGUCUGGCCUCUGAGCGAAAGAAGGGACAGAAUCCUGACGUCUUCUUGCUCACGAAAGAAGACCUGAUUGGGCCUGACCCCUCGAAAGUCAUGCUUGAGAGCGACGCCUGGAAGGAACUGCAAUCCCUCAUUGGCCUUGAAACUGUCAAGGACUCCAUUCGCAGCUUGUUUGAUAGGAUCGCGCAAAACUAUCGCCGUGAACUUGUAGAGAAGGAGCCCAUCCAGGUGUCUCUGAAUCGAGUCUUUAUUGGCUCGCCGGGAACGGGAAAGACGACGGUCGCGAAGCUCUAUGGGCAAAUCCUGGCCGAUCUCGGUAUGCUAAGCAACGGUGAAGUCAUAGUGAAGAAUCCUGCGGACUUUGUUGGCUCUGUCCUUGGAGAGUCGGAGAAAAAUACCAAGGCAAUCCUGGCAGCUACCAUGGGGAAGGUCUUGGUUAUCGACGAGGCAUACAUGCUCUACGGAGGCGCAGGGAGCGCUGGAGGAGGAAAGCAAAGUGACCCAUACAAGACUGCCGUGAUUGACACGAUCGUGGCCGAGGUCCAAAGCACGCCUGGCGAGGAUCGCUGCGUGCUGCUGCUUGGUUACAAGGAACAGAUCAUGGAGAUGUUCCAGAAUGUCAACCCCGGUCUAUCACGCCGGUUCGCCAUCGAGAACGCGUUCCAGUUCGAAGACUACUCGGACGCUGAUCUGAGAAAAAUCCUCGACAAGAAACUCAAAGGACAGCAGCUGCAAGCGACCGACGCAGCCAAGAACGUCGCGAUCCAGGUCCUCAGCCGUGCUCGUAACCGGCCCAAUUUUGGAAAUGCAGGCGAGGUAGAGAACAUCCUCGGCCAAGCAAAGGCGCGCUUCCAGCAACGGCAGUCGGCGCUGCCCGUGGAACGACGCCCGUUCGACGUGCUAUUUGAGCCUCAGGACUUUGACCCGGAGUUUGAUCGUGAUGCGCGGGCGUCGAUGAACUUGAAAAAGCUGUUCGAGGACGUUAUUGGGUGCGAGGCGAUUGUGGAGAAGCUGGGGCGGUUCCAGGAUACGGCGCGCAAGAUGAAGGCGCGAGGGAUGGAUCCUCGACAGGAGAUACCGACGAACUUUAUUAUGAAAGGUCCUCCGGGCACGGGCAAGACGACCACUGCGCGCAAGCUCGGCCAAGUGUUCUACGACAUGGGGUUCCUCUCCUCUAUCGAAGUCAUCGAAUGCAGCGCCUCAGACCUCGUGGGCCAGUACGUGGGCCAAACCGGCCCCAAGACAAAGUCCCUGCUCGAGAAGGCCCUCGGGCGGGUGCUCUUCAUCGACGAGGCCUACCGGCUCGGCGACGGACCCUUUGCGAAAGAGGCCAUCGACGAGCUGGUCAGCUUGCUCACGAACCCGCAGUUCUACAAGAAGAUCGUGGUGAUACUUGCCGGAUACGAUCAGGACAUGAAUCGGCUGCUCGCGAUCAACUCUGGGCUGUCGAGCCGGUUCUCGGAGGAGAUUGUGUUCCCGAACAUGACCUCGGAGCGGUGCCUCGAGGUUCUCAAGGCGGAGCUUGGCAAGAAGCAGAUCCGUUGUCGUGCGCUGGACGACAUGGCCUCGAAGGGCUAUGCGGCGAUGGUGCAAUCGAUCGGGGAGCUAUCUGCGUUGCCGUCGUGGGGGAACGCCCGGGACGUCAUUACACUGAGCAAAAGGAUGGUCAGCUGCGUCUUUGACCGCCUGGCAGACGACGAAGAUGAGAACGGCGAACUCGAGUUGAUACAGGAGGAUGUGAUUACGUGCAUGAGAGAGUUACUGAAGGAACGGAGAGAGCGUAACGUGAAUGUACCCCGCGACCCGGCAUCCGCGUAUUUUGAUCAGCUCAAGCAGCAACAGCAGCAAAUGCCGGGGGCGGCACCGCCUCCUCCGUCUAUCCGAACUGCACAAGCUCAUCGCACCGAAAGCGUUGCUCCAAAGCCUGCGCAGGAGCAAGAGGAGGAGCAAAGCACGGAGGACGGGCGAGAUGCGGGAGUCACGGAAGAGACGUGGCGCCAGCUGCAGAUGGACAAGCUCGCGCAGGAGCAGGAAAAACAGCGUGCAAAGGAGGAGGUCGCGAGGUUGGAGCGGGAGAUGGAGGAGACGAAGAGACGGGAGGAGGCGCUGCGUCAAGUUAUGAAGAAGUUGGCAGAGGCUCGCGCGAAGAGCGCGGCGGAGGAGGACGAGCGGAGACGGAAGCUGGAGGCGGCGCGUCUGAAAGAGAUCGAGGCUCGUGCAGAGCGUGAGAGACGGGAAGCGGCGCUGAGGGCAGUGAGAGAGGCAGAGGAGAAGCGGAGGCGGCAGGAGGCGCAGGUUCAGAUGAAGCUGCGGCAAAUGGGGGUUUGUGUUGCGGGGUUCCAGUGGAUCAAGCAGGCGAGCGGAUAUAGAUGUGCGGGUGGAUCGCACUUUGUGGGCAAUGGAUCGUUGGGUAUCUGAUGAAUAUUGUAUAUUUCAUACCGUCGAAUAGAGUUUCUUGCCAUUUGGAGCAUUGCCAGCAGAAUUAUCAUGUGCAGUAUGGACCAUUGAAUAUGAAUAUUGAUGGAAGCGAGCAGCCCAAUGGAGAGGGUUGCAUCGAGUCCGCAACGGAGGGCAAAUUCGCGAGUACGUGAUGGACGUAAAGUGCU